AUGGAUCCUGAAUUACAAGCGUUAAGAGAAGCUAGAUUAGCUGAAUUGAAGAAUAAGAGUAAUGGCGGUGGGAAUAGAAGUAGUGCAAAUGAUACUGUGUCCAGUAUAGGAUCUAGUAUUGUUGGCUAUUUAGAACCUGAAGCAUUAGAAAGAUUGAAAAGAGUAUCAUUAGUGAAACCUGAAAGAGCACAAUCUGUGGAAAAUUAUUUGAAACAGAUCAUUAGUGGUAGAGCUAUUCGUUCUAAGAUUAGUGAGGAUGAAAUUGUUCAAAUAUUGAAUGGUAUUGCUAGAGAAGAAAAUAAAAAAAAUGAAACCAAGAUUAUUUUUAAUAGGAAGAAUGAUAUUUUCAAUGAAGUGAGUAAUUUAAAGGAAAAUUCUAAUGAUGAUGAUGAAGAUGAUGAUUUUUUUGAUUAA